GAAGGACCGGCUUUAUCUCCUCUAUUCGGAGCGCAUGUUUUUUUACCUGCAGUGCAUUUAGUGAGGAGUUUUUUUCAUAGAUUUUUUGAGAAUGGCGAUUUUAAAAACUUGCUGCUGCUGGAAAUCAGUAAGAGAUGGAAGCUUUGCUUGCGGAAUUUACACAAUGAUAUUUUACACCCUUUUUGUCACAUUUGGAACUUUCCACCUCACUCCUGAGAUUGAAAAUAAAGUGCUUUUCGGGCUUGGAUUAUUGGCUCUUUGCGUAUCCGGUAUGUGUGUCAUGUCUUCAGCGUUACUCUUAGUGGGAUUAUGCGCAGACAAUAGAACCUUUCUUAUACCAUGGCUCGUAUGCGUAUCCAUGGCAACUUUGCUAGAUGUCUUUUUGUGCAUCUACCUCACGGCUAAAGAUUCGAGUGAUCCUCUGCACUCAUUGCUAUUUAUCACAGAUUUUUUCUUCUCGGCUUUAAAUGUAUAUUGCUUACUAUGUGUGAUAUCUCAAUAUCAAGAAUAUACAGCCGGAAGAGGCAGACCAGAAGACUGUAUAAGAAUGGAGGCAGAGCCCAAUGCACAAUGUUUGAGAUUCCACUGGCCGUCUUUUCAAGUGCUCAAUCAACCACCUGCUGAUCAAGAAAGAGCUCAAGAAGGCACUUCAGAUGGCAAUUUUCUCACAGUCCCUGGAGCCCAGGCGAACCCUCUAAAUAAGUGCCAUAAGUCUUCAGAGUCAAUCAACUCAUGUGCCAGUACGAGAUGCAUUGUGGAAAUAUGCCAUAACGAAUCUUUCAGUGAAAACACUACAAGUGUUCAGUCCACGGAUGAGGCGAUUGAAGCUGUCUAAAAUGAGCCAGGCACAUAUUUGAUCAUCUUGGAAUAAAUUAUUUAUUCUGAAAAAAAAAAAUCCGAAUUGGAAAUAGAAGGUCUCUAGAAUCAUCAUCAUCAUCACCAAAGGAGAAUACGAUACAAUCAAACUCUGAUAACACAGAAGAAAAUUUCGGUGCUGUAUUAUUGACAUUUCCACUAUAUGUGAUAAGUUUAACAAUUACAUUUUCAUUUCGUUAAUAAAACAAUUGUUAUC